AUGAACAAAACGUACGGUGUCACUCCAGCAAUUAGCACUGCUGGACCCUCCUCCGAGGAGACUCGUCUGAAUGACCUGCUGGUAGACGAACUGAGAAGACAGGGUUCCUUUGAAAGUGAAGCGGCGACACUGAAGCGUGCAAAGGUCUUGAAAACCCUCCAACAACUGACCCAGGAGUUCGUCUAUAGUGUUAGCAAGAGCAAGAACAUGGACGAAGGAAUGGCAAAGGACGCUGGGGGCAAAAUUUUCACUUUUGGCUCUUAUCGUUUAGGUGUGUAUGGACCAGGUUCGGAUAUUGAUACGUUGGUGGUCUUUCCUAAGCACAUCAAUAGAGAGGACUUUUUCACGGUAUUCGAAAAAAUUUUGAGACAAAGACCUGAACUGGAAGAAAUACAAAGUGUUCCAGACGCAUUUGUACCAAUUAUCAAAAUGGAGUUUGAUGGAAUAUCAAUUGAUCUGAUUUGUGCUAGAUUGGACAUUCCCAGAGUGCCGUUGAACCUGACUUUAGAUGACAAAAAUCUGCUGAAAAACAUAGACGAAAAGGAUUUAAGAGCAUUGAACGGUACAAGAGUCACUGAUGAGAUCUUGUUAUUGGUACCGCAGCCAACAGUAUUCAAACAUGCUUUAAGAGCAAUCAAGAUUUGGGCCCAAAGGCGUGCCGUUUACGGAAACGUAUUUGGCUUUCCAGGUGGUGUCGCAUGGGCAAUGCUUGUUGCAAGAAUAUGCCAGUUAUACCCUAAUGCUGUUUCUGCAGUGAUUAUUUCCAAAUUUUUUGUCAUUCUGGGGCAGUGGAAUUGGCCCCAACCUGUUCUUUUGAAGCCUAUCGAAGAUGGUCCAUUGCAAGUUAGAGUGUGGAACCCUAGACUUUAUCCUCAUGAUAAAUACCACAAGAUGCCGGUUAUUACUCCGGCAUAUCCCUCAAUGUGUGCUACCCACAACAUCACUGAAUCUACAAAGAAGGUAAUUUUACAGGAAUUCCAGAGGGGCAGUGGGAUUGUCACAGAGAUCUUUAGCGGAGCCAAAAAAUGGAGUGACUUGUUCACUAAACACGAUUUUUUCCGACGCUAUAAGUUUUAUCUGACUGUUAUUGCAGCCACGAAAGGAAGCUCUGAAGAGCAAAAGAAGUUUGCCGGAAUGGUGGAAUCCAAACUUAGAUUGCUGGUUCAGAAAUUGGAGAACAAUGAGAACAUCAACUUAGCCCACCCAUUCGUGAAAACAUUUGACCAGGCUUAUCUAGUAGAUUCCAUUGCUCAACUAGACAGCGUCUUAGAGCAUACUGGAACACUCAGUGGGGAAGAGUACUUGAAAACGCUGACGCCGUACAGUGCGGAAGCACAGUCAGAUGCUUCAUCUGAAGGUAAAGUUGAAGUUCGUUUGACCAGAUUCUACAUUGGCCUACAAAUCAACUUAAAAAACCAAAGGGACAAGAAACUUGAUAUCCAACAACCAUGCACUGAAUUUUACACUCUAUGUCAGUCAUGGCCCAACUUCAAUAAGGACAUAUACUCACUCUCCAUCAAACAUGUAAAGUUGUACAACCUUCCGUCCGAUGUGUACGAUCCAGAUGAAGAGAGACCCGUUAAAACAAAAGGAGACUCUACCCAUUCUAAGAGGAUCAAAUCGGACCCAGCGGGCAAGAAGAGACCAAAAAGUUAG